CGGCCCAGCUGAUGGCGGGGAUGGACUUCACAGCGGACCCUUGCGAUGACUUCUUCCAGUUCGCCUGCGGCCAGUGGAACAAGAAACACAUCAUCCCUGAAGACAAACCCACCUACAACACGUUUGAUAAGCUUCACGAAGAACUGCAGGUGAUCAUGCGAGAUCUACUAGAGCAGCCAAGGACAGAACAAGACAGCCAGGCUACGCUCAAGGCAAAGAUCCUGUAUAAAUCCUGCAUGAACGUUUCGCAGAUUGAAGCUAUAGGAGACACACCACUCCGUGCUGUCAUCGGUGACUUGGGAGGAUGGCCAGUUUUAGACAGCCAUUGGCCAAGUGAGCAGUUUGUUCUAGAAGAUGUAUUGGCUAAGAUGCGUGGAAAGUACAGCUCCCCGCUGUUGCUUGAGUGCGCCGUUAGUGCGGAUGAUAAGAAUUCAUCAGUAUAUAUAAUUCAGAUGGAGCAGGGGAGUUUGGGAAUGCCUAGCAGGGAAUAUUAUAUGUUGAAGGAUCAUGCCAUACACAUGCAGGCAUACAGCCGUUUUAUGAAAGACGUGGUCAAACUACUGGGGGCAGAUGGACCUGACGUGCAGACCCAGCUGGACAAUGUGCUCAACUUCGAGAUUUUGUUAGCAAAUAUCACCCUUCCCUCUGAGGAUAUCCAGGAUACAGGCGCUCUCUACAACAAAAUGACAGUCCGAGAAAUCCAGGCUCUGAUCCCAAAGUUUGAUCUGCUGCGGUACCUGCGAGGAUUUGCCUUAAAUGACAUCACAGAGGACGAGCCGAUAGUGCUGUUUGCUACCGAGUACAUCAAGAACCUUGCUGUCAUUUUACAGAACACAGAUAACAGGACCCUGGCCAACUAUCUGAUGUGGAGGCUGGUCAUGGACAUGGUGCCAGAGCUCAACGAACCCUACCAGCAGGUGGCGGGUCUGUACAAGCAUGCCAUACAGGGUGCGAAGAGAGACUUGGUGAGGUGGAAGAAAUGUGUGGGCUUUGUCAACCAGAAAAUGGGAAUGGCUGUCGGAGCUAUGUUUGUCAGGGAUAAUUUCAAGAAGGAGAGUAAAGAGACGGCACUUGAGAUGAUUCACAACAUUCGAGAAGCUUUUAAUGAACUUUUGGAAGAGAACGAAUGGAUGGAUGAACAGACCAAACGGUUUGCUAGAGAAAAGGCCAAUGCCAUGACUGAACGAAUUGGUUAUCCAGAUUAUAUAACUGAUCCAGUCCAGCUAGAUGCUAAAUAUGAGACGCUCAGCUUUAGAGAAGACAGAUACUUUGACAACUUGUUGCAGUUGCUAGAGUAUGCCUCCAGGAAGAUGAUGGAGAAGCUAAGGCAGCCAGUACGCCAUGACCUGUGGGAGCAGGAUCCAGUGAUAGUGAAUGCGUUUUACAACCCCAACACAAACAACAUAGUAUUUCCUGCAGGAAUAUUACAGCCUCUGUUUUAUAGCUCUGUUUUCCCAAAAUCGCUGAACUAUGGAGGUAUCGGUGUUGUGAUUGGACAUGAGAUCACCCACGGGUUUGAUGACAAAGGUCGGCAGUACGACAAGAACGGCAACAUCAAGCAGUGGUGGGAUGACCAAACCAUUCAAGCUUUCAGGGACAGGGCCCAGUGUAUUAUUGACCAAUACUCACAGUAUAAACUCGACCAGAUUAACGAAUAU